AUGACCAGUGACCAGACCAAGAUCCUAGCCCUAGUAGAUACCGGGGCUGAAGUCAAUAUCAUUGGAAAGGGUCUCAGACCCCACCCAGUAGAAGGUAAACCGUUAAGGUUGACGUUCGCCGACGGCAACCACGAAGAAUGUAUGAAAUGGGGAGAGGUCGAAGUGAAAUUGGAAGGGGCACAAAAGCAGGACGUGACAGGGGUUGUCUUACGGGACACCGGCCGACUAAUACUGGGCAUGCCCUACUUGGAGGAGCACAAAAGCGUAGUCGACAUCGUUAGUAAUAAAAUAAAAGUCGACGGAAAGUGGCACGAACUGGUAAGGGCCCAAGGGGCCGUAAACACAAUACAGGCGGAGACGGACCCAGACCCAGUCCUAACGAAGGCAGUGGAGGGUAGCGCCACUGACGGUGUAGGCCGCGAGAAAUUGAAGCAGAUUCUAUGGACGUUCAGGGAGUUGUGGCUCGGUGACGAACUAGGACGCACGACCAUCGUAGAGCACGGGAUAGAGGUCACCGAUCCCAAGCCCAUCGCAUGCCGGGGAAGGCGGUAUAACGACCAGCAGAAGGCGGUCAUUCAACAAGAAGUGGCCGAUAUGUUAAGUAAAGGAGAGUCGUCCUAG